GUGGAGAGCGGCCAACAGUUAACAGCUAAUCUGCCAUUUUAAAGCCGGCGUGUUAGCUUAGCGUCAGCACAGCGUCCAUCCGCAGGUCGAUAUCAGACAGAGUUUAUACUCACUCACCUGUCCGCCGCAGUUACAGACACAGUGAACCACCUGAGCCGUUUCCAUGGCACUGAGGAGAGGACACAUCAGGUACCUGAAGGUGUGUGAAGUUCAGACGUCUCAGAGCGACGUCAGGGACGGUCAGCACGCCGCCAAAGGAGGCGCUGGAAAGGAGCUGUACGACAACGGCUUCAGCGACCAGAUGAUGGAAGACGAAGACGCCCGGACGAACCUGAUUGUGAACUACCUGCCGCAGAGCAUGAGUCAGGACGAGCUGCGCAGCCUGUUCAGCAGCGUGGGCGACGUCGAGUCCGCCAAGCUCAUCAGGGACAAAGUGGCAGGCCACAGUUUAGGUUACGGCUUUGUUAACUUUGUUAACCCUAGUGAUGCAGAGAGGGCUAUCAGUACCCUCAAUGGCCUGAGGCUACAGUCUAAAACUAUCAAGGUUUCGUACGCGCGGCCGAGUUCAGACAUGAUCAAAGAUGCAAAUCUGUACAUCAGCGGUCUGCCGAGGACGCUGAGUCAGCCGGAGCUGGAGGACAUGUUCUCUCGCUAUGGGCGCAUCAUCAACUCCAGAGUGCUGGUGGACCAGGCCUCAGGUCUUUCUCGGGGCGUGGCCUUUAUCCGCUUUGAUAAGCGAUCCGAGGCUGAAGAUGCCGUCAAACACCUGAAUGGACACACGCCCCCCGGUGGCUCCGAGCCAAUCACUGUCAAGUUCGCCGCUAACCCGAAUCAGGCCAGGAACUCCCAGAUGGUGUCACAGAUGUACCACGGGCAAUCGCGGCGCUUCGGGGGACCCGUUCAUCACCAGGCUCAGAGGUUCAGGUUUUCUCCAAUGAGCGUGGACCACCUGGGUGGAGGAGGUGGGGCCUCUGGGAGCUCGUCCUCUGGUUGGUGCAUUUUCAUCUAUAACCUGGGUCAGGAUGCGGACGAGGCCAUCCUGUGGCAGAUGUUCGGGCCGUUUGGCGCCGUCGUCAACGUGAAGGUGAUCCGAGAUUUCAACACGAACAAGUGCAAAGGGUUUGGCUUCGUUACCAUGACGAACUACGAGGAAGCUGCCAUGGCGAUCCACAGCCUGAACGGGUACCGACUGGGAGACAAAGUCCUGCAGGUGUCCUUCAAGACCAGCAAGGGACACAAGUAGAGGGGGGGGUCCGAGCGGUUUCGACCAAUUGAGCCGUGUCUGAUACUUUCAGACAGUUUCUGAAACGUUUGUCAUUGUUUUUGUCUUUAUUUUUUAAUACCCAGCAUGCCCUCUUGUUUGACAUCACCUGUAAAACAUCUGGAUGCCUGGCAGCGGUUACUUAUAUAACCUGGUGUUUGACUGUUCACUGUUGUUCUGGUUUGAAAACCAGAUUAAAGUUGGUGAAUUUACUGAAUGUUUCAGAUGUUCACAGAGUGAAAGUUUCACAGUUCGAUGUGAGAGGAAACUUUUUUUUUUUUUUUUUAAUGCUGAAGUGAAGCAGUUGCUCGUUUUCUCUUCCAGCUGUUUGUUCUGUUCACAUGUAAAGAGCGAUUCUUUGUUUUCCUUCACAGAUUCAACAAAAAUCAUUUCGCAGCUCAGUUCCACUCAAACAUCAGUUUGAUCAUUUUGAAGUGAAUCUGUAUGUCCUGAUGUGUCACCAAUGUCGGGUGAUUGACAUUGAUGCCAACAAGCAUUCAGUGGGCGGGGCUUGAGGCCAAGUACAGAGAUCAUUUUUAUUUCAUGUGAUUAAGAUGGAUUUUACUUCAAAUUUUUAGAAAUGGCUGCCAGACGGAAACAGCAUGUUUGUGUAGUGAUGCUACUUCUGUUAUUUUCAUUUGUAUUUUAUUUUUGUAUUUCAGGCUCUUUGUGAUGUUGUAAUGUUUACUCCGUAAUAAAUUAGUUGUUG